UGGCUGAAUAGAGUAGAACAAUCCAGUGGGCAGAGAGAGAGAGAGACGGAGAGACAGAGAGAGUCGAGAGCCCUAAGACGCACGGUUAGCUGACAACUAUCAAACAACGACGGCCUGACAAGUCUUUAAAAAGGUCUAAAAACCUCCACCGGUAAACAAUGUGACCAAGUGACAAGAACACCGUGGGGAGCACCGUCAGAAACACAUGACAGCCAACUUUGGCUGUUGUGAGAGGCGCACCAUGGAAUCUCAGCCGAGUGUAUACAAUGAAGAAAGGAACAUUCUCCGCCUCCGAGCAUGGGAACAGAGGAACCAAGAAGCAAGCCAAACCCCGGAACUCAACACUGAGAGUGUGCCACUAUUUGGGCAGCCAUACAAGACAAACAAAGGCGAUGAGCUUUCCAAUCGAAUCCAGAGAAUGCUGGGAAGUUAUGAGGACGUGAAUAACCCCUGUCCCUUUGCUUUGGAGCCUUUACCCAUUCCUACGUAUAUAACUUUCACGCAGUCUGAUCAGACUCCGACAAACACAGAAAAAACAACUCGACCUCCAUUCCAUAACCAGGUCAAUAAUGUGUCCAACCAAAGUCAGAGAGCUCCAUCUAGUAGCGGCUACUCCUCUCAGCCUGUGAGGACGUCCACUCCUUCUUCUUCUUCUUCUUCCUCCUCUUCUUCAUCCUCUUCUUCUUCUUCUUCUUCUCCAAACCACUGUGGACAUUUGUCAACUUUUCCUGGACAUCAGCAAAAGAAAAGCAAAGCCCAUUUUGAUCAUAUGGUCCAGGAAAUGUCUCCUUUGUCGCCUGAUGUUAAGCCGCUACCGUUCCUACGUUCCAGUGAUCAUGAUAACACUGACAUGGACAGUAAAGACACCUUCGACAGACUUCAGCUUCAAGGGUCCAUGAAUGACCCCUCUGAGUCUUCCUGCAUCAUGGAUAUUUCCACAGUUAACCUCAAACAGUCCCCAAAAGACGUUUCUCAGCCUCAUGGCAACAAAGGUAACACACUGCCUUCACAGACGUUUCCUUCACUCCUGCCAUCCAAGCAGCCCAGUGUAGUCAUGACCCAGAAGCCAACAGCGUAUGUGCGGCCCAUGGAUGGUCAGGAUCAGGUGGUCAGUGAGUCGCCUCAACUAAAACCUUCACCGGAGCCUUAUGUGCCUCUGCCGGAGUUAAGCAACAAAUCCGAGCAAGGCAAAAGGAAGGUACUGCCUCAAUAUUUGGAGACAAAGAUAAAUGAAGCUCAGUGUGUGGAGGACAUCUUAAAGGAAAUGACCCACUCAUGGCCUCCUCUUCUGACAGCGAUACACACACCUAGCACAGGUGAACCCUCCAAGUCCCCCUUUCCAGCCAAGGAAGCAGAGCGUGUCACAUCAUGUCCAGGACAAAAAAGCUUUGUGUCCUCACCACCAGAUCCAUCCAAGCCCAUCCAGAAGAACUCUUCAUUGUCAUUACAAGCAGCACAUUCCAGAGGGGCAGAGUCAGGCAGCUCCAGCGACUCUGAGAGCAGCUCCAGGUCAGAGUCGGACAGUGAAAGCAACGCAGAGGAGCUUCCUCAACUCCCACCGAGCAACUCGGUCAAAUCAGAGCCUGAUGCACCAGCAGUGACCCAUGGCGAUUGGCAGUUGGGAAACUGGAUCAGGUCCAGCCAGAGCUCAAGAGCCGAGAGCCAAAGCAGCUCACAGGCCUCUGACAGCCUCGCUCACAAACAACCCAAGCCCACUCAGAGCACCAAACACUCUGGUGUGGAGGUCGUCAACCCCACCAAAGAGUGUAAACCUCAGCUUUCUUCUCAUGUGAAAGAGUCCACUGAAAGCCUUGGGAAACCCCAGCUGUACAGGGAAAGCCCUCAGGACAACUACAACCAGCAAAGUAGCCAAAAAUCCCUCGCUGCUGAUUGGAAAAGCAGCAGCAGUUUGACGAAACUUUCAUGCAAUACCUACUCUUCAAAAUCAGCCGAGUCAGGUCACUCAGAAGCGGCUCAGGAUGUUGUAGCCAAGCGAGACAAAGACCCGUGUUUCAUAGACAGGCCAAAGGUAAAGACGAAAACGGGACAUAGGAGAAAAAGCAAAGACAGUGGUGACGCUAAAAGAGACAGUAAAAGGACUUCUAAACAGGCAUCACUUGACAAGGGGACAGUCAAAUCAGAGCCUGAUGUCACGCCGGUCCUGCAUGGUCGGUGUUUAUCCUGUGGUGUUGGAUAUCCCAACCCCUGCUCCUGCCCCACCCAGAGUCCUGCUCAGCCUGACCAGCUGCCUCCUGCCCCAUCAGUCAGAAUCAGUUAUAGCAAACCAAAGUCAGAGGAAAUCAGCCAGACGGGUCCCAAGAUUCCUCUCAAGACAACCAAGAAGCACUCGCGAAAGACUGAGCAUGCAGCUAAAGGUACUCUGGACCCCCACAGGCCCCCCACAUCUCUGCUGGUGAGGAUUGAUCUCAGUCUGCUAUCAAGAGUCCCCCAGAGCUCCGGCAGCCAUCAGGAGACACCCAGCAAGUCGAAGAGAUCAGUGGUGAUUGAGGAGCAAGAGGGAGGGGGGAAUGACGCCACUACAAAACACAAACUUACCAAGACCAGCAAAAAGAGUAUACCUCAAAAUCUUGAGGUAGAAACUAAAACUAUUCCCAGGAAGAAACAGAAGCUGGAAAACAAGAAUACCUCAUCAAGUCAUGCGUCAAUCAAACCGGAAAAUUCCAGCAAUUCAACAGACGGCUUAGAGCGAAAGAAGGCGAAGAAGAAACCUUUGCAACUGCCGGUGAUCCCCAAAGACUCUCAGAAAGACUCAAAGUUGCACAAAAGCACGUCAGGAGAGGUUGUGGGGACCAGGAAGGAGGCUGAGAACGGAAAAAACUCACAAAAGCACAAGAAGAGAGGGAAGCAAACAGAGAAUGCACAUAUUGAAAAGAAGCUCCCAAAGAGCAGCAUCCCAUCAACGUCACAGUCGACCAGGGUAGCUUUGACCAAAAGGCCUUUGCUCCGAUUUGAGGACAGGCAGUAUCCAGUGAAGCAUUACAUAAAGGAGGCCAAAAAACUGAAGCACAAAGCAGAUGCAGAGCCAGAUAAGGUCAGUAAAGCUUUCUUCUACCUGGAAGCAGCCAUGUUCUUUGUUGAGAGUGGUAUAGCCAUGGAGAGAGAUCCACAGAUUUCGAUGUCUUCCUACACAAUGUUUGCAGAAACCGUGGAACUACUCAAGUUUGUCCUGAAACUUAAAAGUCCAGCAGACCCCUCAGCUCCACCUUCAGAGAAAGACUUUAUAGCUCUGUGUCUGAAGAGCCAGUCUCUCCUGCAGAUGGCCAUGUUUCGCCACAAACACAGAACUGCACUCAAGUAUUCAAAGACCCUCUCUGAUCACUUUCAUAUCUCUGCUCAGAAAACACAUGAUCACUCUGUCUCAGCAUCGAAGUCCUCAGACACACCGUCCCCCAUGCCCAGCCUUCCAUCUCCAUCCACCAGCUCAGGUCCCGGCUCCAACCACAGCGGUGUGGUUGUAGACCCUGUCGGCAGCACCGUGGCAGUCCCUCAGGCCAUCGAUCAGGUGGCUUUCACCUACGUCAACAUCACUACAUUAUUCCUGAGCGCUCAUGACAUCUGGGAGCAGGCGGAUGAGCUGGCACACAAAGGCAGUGGUUUGCUGGCACAGCUGGACAAAGCUCUGUGUCCUUUGAGUCUGAUGUCGAGUAUGAGCUCUAUGGUCCAUUACACUAGACAGGGAGUCCACUGGCUGCGUCUGGACAGCCUGAAGGUAAAGUGACCGACAAGCUGCUGCAGCUCCUGAACACCUGCCAGCUCUUCAAGCUGCCUCUCACUGCCCUCUCUUCACUUCAGUGAGUUCAACACUGAGCUGAACUUCCCCUCAGAACAUGUACAGGUAUUUUUCUUUGUGUGGGUAUGAACUCAUCUCAUCCAAAAAAAAAAAAAGGUGACACAGAUCAGACGUCUUCUCAUGUGUGUUACCUGCUCAUUGUUGCACUUGUUUUUUUCCUUUGGCCACUUCUUUCUCUUUUGCACUUUUAUGAACAAGGAAGUCUGCUGAAGAUGACAUAUUUCAUGCCUCACACCUUCUGCUCCUCUAUCUGCCUUCAUCAACUGAAUAUGUUUUGGUGGUUCUAUGAUUUAAUGCAGCCUUAUUAUGCAGUUGUGGUGCAGGUAGUGACCCAAAUUUUGUUUUCUUUGCACAUCUUUUAUCAUCAAACUUGCCACUAAAGCUUGUAAAAUGUAAUCAGGAGACCCUGUCAUGGAAAAACUCAAUUCACAGAUAGUUCUCAUUGUUUUUUUCCCAGUUCCAAUCUGACAAUCUGAAUGACCUGUUUGGAUUAUGAGGAUUUUGUGUUCUCAUAAUCCAAAGUCCUGCAUUUUACUUUUCCCACAUCAAAAAGGAUCACCGUGAGAAGUCAGGUGUUCAUGUAACCGAGGGCUGGGACCAUUUAUUGUAACUCUUGUGCCUGUGACGUGACGCAAUCUGGACCACUUAGGAAUUUCAGACAAGUCAAUAAUUGGGAAACUGUUGAUUGCAAAAGUGCCAGAUAUUCAUAAAAAUCUGCAUUCAGUCACAUAGUUCUGUUGAUCCCUGUGUUGCAAUUGUGUUCCUAAUUCAUGUUGCAAAAUCUACAAACCUGUAGUUAGAUUCCUGUGCAAUAAUGAGCGCAUUGAUAAAGGAAAAAAAAACAUGUGCCCUACUCUUUGCCCUCUCAGGACAAAGCACAUGUUGAAUGUAGGUUGAGCCACUUUUUGAGUGCUCAUAAUGGAGAAAACUGGACACACUACAAUCUCAAUCCAGAUUAAAAUCAUGAGAUUAGAAUGAGUUUAUUGAACCUGAAUGCAAUACUCAGACUGAAUGGAAACUGUAUGGUGUGAUCUAAGUGAUCAUGUAGCAGGUGUAAGCUAACCCAUUGUCACUCGCUCCUCUCUAGUUUUGUUGGAUAUUUCUGAGAGCUGACACAUACAAUGUUGCACUUUUGCCCACUUUCUAAUCAAAAUUAAUUAAAAUUGUUAACCUAAAGGUUUCCUAGUUGUAACUACUCGCAACACCAAAAAAUAGAGGGAUACAUUUCACAUCCCUGACUUAUUUUUAGGUAAGUUAUGGAUGCAUUGGUUUAAAUUGGCCGUUUUUGAGUUACCUUAGUGGAGAACUAAUCGCGUUUCCUUAUUUGCUUCUGCACCAGUAAGCUGCUGUGUAUGUUUCCCACACUUUAGUUGAGCGGUGAAUACUAAGUGGCAAAAUGUUUACUUAAUCUUUGGAGGGAGAUGGAAUGGCCAAAACUAAAGCUGACUAAAGAAUGCACUUUUCUUUUUAGUUUUGGUCUGUUAAGCAAAAGAACACUACGUUCCCCAGACCGGCAGGACUCUGCUUGUGUUUACUCUUUGUUUGUUGUAACUUUGACUGAAAGCAAUAAAGCAGUUUUUUUGUUGGCUAGUGAUGGGGUGACAGAAGUAAUCAGUAUGAAAGAGAUGCAGGGAAACACUUGUUGGUUUAGGUUAGGUUUAGAAAUGUUUACCUGUGAGUUGAGUUGCUGUGUCGGUGAUCAUACACAAUAAAAGGGCUAAAUAAACAAGGAUCACUAAGUGGUCCUAACUUUACUUUCUCUAAAUGAUGAAGUCAUAUUUUUUAAUUAAGGAGUGAGUAAAGCAGAACCCUGGCAUUUGGGAUUAUUUUUUAUGUCAAGUUUUCUACCAUAAACGUCUUCAGUUCACAUGAGGAGAUUAUGGUUUUGACAUUCAUGAACUUUUCUUUUCUUUUCUUUUCCAACAAUCAUCCUCGACUGUCAAUGCUUAAUUUAUGAAAGAAUCUGCAACAAGUUUACACUUCUUGUCCAAAAAAAUAUUGACUGGAAACAUUUUCAGGAAGAUUUUUGAAGGAUGCUUUUUUUCCUUUUGUGAAAUCUGUAAAGAAUUUGUGUUGCAGUGUACAGAAAUGAAUAAACACUGGAAACUCA